AGGCGGAGCGAGAGGGAUUGAGACGCGGCCAGUGCGACACACACACACACACACACACACACACACACACACACUCGCUGAGAGAAAGUGGGAAAUCCCGCUGGCAGUGGUUCCACCGCUGCUUUCUCGUUAUUUUGUCUCGUUAUUGUUUCACUUCAGGAGCGGUGAAGGAUUUGAGGCGGAAGCUCCAGAAAGACAUGCCCAGACACAAUAUGGAAACACAGAGGAGUCAAUGGGAUCCGCUCAUGAGAUCGCCGUGGAUCGUGAGAGUGGAGCAGAGCCCCGCCUCCUCGGGGGCGGAGUCAGACACCGAAGGCAGCAGCACAGAGACCGAACGGCAUCAAGCCAAACUGGGAGGCGGAGUCUCGCUGACAUCACCGUCGAUGCUGCUGCAGCAGCGAAUCACGGAGCUCGACCAGCAGAGGGAGGAGCUAAAGAUUGAGCUGCAGCUGGAGGUGGCGCUGCUGCGCGGGGAGCUGCAGGCCGAGGAGGAGUGUCUGCGCAGACACACAGAGCAGCUGCAGGUGCUGCAGGAGAAGGACAGGCAGCGCAGGAGCCGGCAGCGGGCCAGCAGACAGAAGGAGAGGGAUGCUCUGGAGGCCACAGUGCGAGCGUUUGAAGACAUGGAGUUCCACGUUCUGGAGCUGGAGAGCGGAGUGGAAGACAAGCGAGAAGGAGAGGAUGGAGAAAGUCAAAUGGUCAUCGAAAGAGAGAUAAGCAGAGUACAGCACACGCGCAACGCAUCUCAGGAACGAGUCCAGCGACUGGAGAAGCAGCUGAAGGAAAUGGAGAAAGAAAAGGAGAAAGCGCUGAGCUCCCUCAGACAGGAGAGAAAGGAGCUGCUGCACAGCUCUCAGAGGGUUUUGAAAGAGAAGAAGCCUCUCACUGAUUGGUCCAACAUCACUGGCUCCACCCCCUGCGUGAUGUCACUCAGCCCUCUGACCAUUCACAAGGCAGCGCAGGAAUCACUGAAGGACGGAUCCAGUUUGCCUCGCAGACGCAGCUCGCACAAGAAGAACACAGACAGACCGCUCUCUGCACAAGUGUUGGUGCGCAUGACUCCAGACAGGUCGCCUCGCCUUCCUCAUCUCGCCCACAGACUGAGUAAUGGACACUGUAACGAGCUGAGAUCAGCAGCACAGAGCGUUGGGAACGACUCGCACACACCGUGCAACAGCACCAGCAGCUCCCGCGCGCCCAGCCCGCAGAGCCUCCUGGAUUUAGUGCAGAUGGAGCAGAAACUCCGAGAGGCCAAAGCGGAGCGGGAACGUCUGCUGAAGGAGAGAACUGAAGUUGUUUGUGUUUCGCAGCAGGGCGUCCCGCUGUCUCUGACGGUGAACUUUGACCUGCGGGCUCAUGUGGAGGCUCUGGGUCAUAACGUGUCGGGCUGUAUGGGGGUCAAUCUGUCUCCCCGGAGGUGCGGAGGCUUUCUGACCAAACGCGGAGGACGAGUGAAGACCUGGAGGAGGAGGUGGUUCAUCUUCGAUCUGGACCACCAGAGACUGGCCUACUACACCGAACUCGAUGAGAAGAAACUCAAAGGCGUGAUUUACUUCCAGGCCAUCGAGGAGGUUUAUUACGAUCAUCUGCGAACAGCUACAACAUCUCCGCGGCCGAGUCUCACCUUCUGUGUGAAAACAUACGAGCGGCUCUUUUUCCUGGCGGCUCACAGCGCUGAAGCCAUGAGGAUCUGGAUGGACGUUAUAGUCACGGCCACAGACGAACACAGCAGAUACUGAUGAAAGCUGCAGAUCAGAUCACUCAGGAGCAGAGGAUGCUGGGAUACGGAGCUUCAGGGGUCUGUGUUCUGCUGCCACCUGCUGUUACACUACCAGAACACACCUCAGUGACUUACGCAUUAUUUAUUACUCUUACUUUUUUGUCAUAUUUUGCUAUUGAAAUGGGGGGGGGGAU